AUGUCUUCUGCGCGAGACAUUGCUGGUAACAGCAAAUCCAACGACACGCUCCCCAAAGUACAGUUGGUCGCUACUCCGCUCGAGGACAGCAAUCCCACCACCAGUUCUAAACCCAGGAAGCUACUCUCUGACGAGGCCGAAAAAUAUGUGGAUGCUAUGCUCACGCGCCCCGAUGGCACCAAAGGUAUUCCUCCCCUCACUCCUACCCCUGCCACACAAUUGGAUGCUCUUUUCCCCGGCCCCGAGCCCGAGACCCUCCGCGAGUUGAAGGAGGAGAUCAACCACCUCCUGACGAUGGUCGCACACCUCGAGGAGGAAUGCAGGAAUGUGCAGAGGUAUGGCAAGGUGAGGGGAUGGGGAAACACUCGCGCCUGCAAGAUGAUCAAUCACUUUGAAGACGAUUUCGACUACUUUGACGACUUUGGCAGCGACGGCGACGACGACGAUGAAGACUAUGAGUACGAGUGUAAGGAACUGCGAGCCGACCUUCAAGAUCUGCGAAAGCAAGUCAAAGCCAGGGAGCAAGACUUGGCCAAGCUGGUGGGGCAAAAGAAGGGGAAGAAGGGGCCCGUGGAUGUGGACAGUGUAUAUUUGACUGAUGAUGAGGAGGAGGAUGAGGAGGAGGAUGAUGAGGACGGGGACGAUGAUGAGGAAGAAGCUGAGCCUUCGGGUCGGGCGGAGAAGAAGAGGAAGUUGUAG